AUGGACGAGGUGUCGAAUCCCAGCACCGUCUCCAGCUUCGACCAGGGGCGCCUCAGCAUGUCGGUGCGCUUCCUCGCAGGGCCGAUGCGGGACUUGAUCUGGCGCUUCAGGUAUGCCGCCAUCCUGGUGCUGCCUCUCUUGUCUGCGCUGGGCGGCCUGACGGCCUCCCUGGGCCUGUCGCUGGCCAGCGGGGCGCCGCAGGUCUUCGCGGAGCGCACCAACCUGGGCCGCCAGCAGCUGCUGCUCAUGAGAAGCUUCAGCUCCUACGACGUCAGUGACCUGGACAAGGCGAUCGCUGUCUUCUCGCCGCUGAGCUCCAAGGAGCGCUACUGCCCGGGGCUCCUCCCAG